CGGGGCCGAGUGGCUGUGAGAAUCUCAACUAAGCAGGCUCUCCGGUGUUUGUUUUCUUCAAACUGGGGAUUUGGAUCUGCUGAUUAAUUGUUGUCCAUCAUCAUCUUCAUCUUCGCACCAGAGAAUCAAGAUGGCCCUGAAUGUGUUUGAUCAUGAUGAAUACCGGCCACCGGUGUGGAAGUCUUACUUGUACCAGCUCCAGCAGGAGGCGCCCCACCCACGCAGACUCACCUGCACCUGUGAGGUGAACAACCGGCCUAAAUACUACGGGAGAGAGUACCACGGGAUGAUCUCGAGAGAAGAGGCCGACCAGUCGCUGAGUCAGGCCGAAGGCAGCUACCUCAUCAGAGAGAGUCAGAGGCAGCCGGGCACAUACACACUGGCUCUAAGGUUCGGGAACCAGACAAGAAACUUCCGUCUCUACCACGACGGGAAACACUUUGUCGGAGAGAAGAGGUUCGAGUCCAUCCACGACCUGGUCACGGACGGCCUGAUCACGCUCUACAUCGAGACAAAGGCAGCGGAGUACAUCGCCAAGAUGACCAUCAACCCCAUCUAUGAACACGUGGGCUACACCACUCUGAACCAGGAGCCCACCCUGAAGAAACAUCUGCCACUCAGCCCACAGGCCCCCGACGGGCCUGCUCCGGCCAAAGAUGACUGCAAUGCAGAGGAGAGGCUCACAUCGCUGGUGCGGCGGGCGACCCUGAGGGAGAGCGACUUGGCGCCCAAGUACGAGAAGGUCCACAACUUCAAGGUUCACACAUUCAGGGGCCCCCACUGGUGCGAGUACUGUGCCAACUUCAUGUGGGGUCUCAUCGCUCAGGGAGUGAAGUGUGCAGACUGCGGGUUGAAUGUCCACAAGCAGUGCUCCAAAGUCGUGCCCAACGACUGUCAGCCCGACCUGCGGCACGUGAAGAAGGUGUACAGCUGCGACCUGACCACGCUGGUCAAGGCCCACAACGCCAAGAGACCCAUGGUGGUCGAUAUGUGCAUCCAGGAAAUCGAGGCCAGAGGUCUGGAGUCAGAGGGGUUGUACAGGAUAUCAGGGUUCAGUGAGCUGAUUGAAGAUGUCAAGCUGGCCUUUGACCGAGACGGAGAGAAGGCGGACAUUUCCUCAAACACUUACGAGGACAUCAACAUCAUCGCCGGAGCCCUCAAACUCUACUUCAGAGAGCUGCCCAUCCCCCUCAUCACUUAUGAUGCUUACCCACACUUCAUAGAAACAGCAAAGAUUUCGGACCCAGAAAAACGUCUGGAGUCUCUGAACGAGUCCUUGAAGCUGCUGCCGCCCGCCCACUGCGAGUCACUGCGAUACCUCAUGGGCCACCUCAAGAGGGUGACCCAGUGCCAGGAGAACCUCAUGCCCAGCGAGAACCUGGGCAUCGUCUUCGGCCCGACGCUCAUGAGGGCCCCCGACCUGGACGCCAUGACGGCGCUCAACGACAUCCGAUACCAGAGACUAGUGGUGGAAAUGCUCAUUACCAAUGAAGACGUGCUGUUCUGAGAUGAGGGGAGGGAUAGGACAGAGAGAUCGGGACGAUUCUCAAGCAGUUACGGGUCGUGAAAAGACGGAGGGAAAAAAGUGACUUGCUGACUAUUGACGUGGACAUGAAGAAGAAACGUCUGCGUGGAUAAAAGGAGCAAUGAAGGAGGAGGCUAUUUGCAAAGAAGAAAUACAAAUAAGGAUGGAAGGAUGCAGUGUUUUCCUUCAUUUGUGAUUCAUAAAAAAACUUGAAGCUUCCAAAAAUUGCAACGCUAUAACUGUACAAAAAGGACUCACUGGAACACUGAAUACUGGGAAGGACAAUAAUUUUCGUCUCUAAGCUCAUAUUGUCUCCUCCUUAAAUGGAUGCCUUUGUCACCCUGCUUAUUGGGGAUAGAAAAUCAGCUUCAUUCAUAAGAAAAACCUUGGGUUGGCAUUGAAACCAAAGUGUUAGCCACGAGAAAACCAGAAAAAAGACACCAGUUGUUGUCUGUGCUGUCAAGGUGUCCAAUCAUCCUCGCUGGGAGUAGAAGAAGAAGCAGCACUGACGUCAGAAGCGGAGGCAGCAGGAUGGAUGAAAGACUCACUCACUCAUUCCUCUCUAUGGGAUUUAAGUGACUUGGACCUAUUGUGUUUUGAUUUCCUUUCUCAAAGCUUUUUUGUUUGUCUUUCCAGCUCCUGCUUCCAUUCACCGAUGUGUGAUUAUGCAGUAAUCCUUCUGUAACAUCGAUUUUUAUUUCAGUUGCUUAAAUAGAAAAUCAAUGCCCACUUACCCCUUUUCUCAUGUCACAUUAUAAGCUUUUGUUUCAGACAUUAUUGCUGUGUUAAAACACUCUGUGUCUGAGCUGUGAAUCGAGCGACGGCAUGUUUCCGAACAAAUCCUGUGUCCUCCCUCCCCCCCCGCCGGCCUGCUUUGCCUCUGAUGGAGAAAAACCUCUUGAAAAAUAACAACGCAAGACGAUCUGAGCCUUAUUGCCAUAUUUUCUCCUAAUUCGCAAACUAAAAUCAACGCUAACUAACUAACAACGCUAACUAACUAAUUCAACCAAGACAACAUUAAAGACACGGCAUUAACCUGGCAGCUUGUUUUCAUUUCAUAUCUCAUUAAAGAAGUCUCUAGUUGUCGUACGUUACCCCGGUGACAGAUCGUGAAGAGAGGGACGCAUCAUAAGUGACUUGAAAUAUGUGAAACGGUGCUUUACGUUGUUUUUUGCUUUCGUUGGUCAUUUUUUUUAUAAAGCAGUAUUGUACUUUAGCAGGGUUGGGCAAGAAGAUUUCCCCUCUGUAAAUCAGAUGCCAACCAGAGAACAAACAUUGCAUACGGAGAAGAUUUACUGAAAUGUUUUGUCCCUGUGAUUAAAGCUGUAUAAUCUGUAGGAUGAUGAUGGUAAUCAAAUGUAUUAUGACCGGAGUGUAUUUGUUUUUUUCUCUCUCUCUCUUUUAUUGAAAUUAGUGCCAUUUGAAAGGGUGGAGGUGUGGAAUGGAUGCCUUCUACACGGACCUCCACCUCAACUAACACACUUCAUUUAUUUCUACCCCCAUUUCUGUCGGGGGGCACCGACUUUCUAUACAUUUCUCAAAGUAAAGACGGAGUUAUGGAUGUAAAAAUCAAGCGCGCCAAUGCUAGGUUGGGUGUAAAAUUAGGUGACAGGCAAGUUCUUCAUUUUUUAUUUUUUAUACUACUGUGUUGACUUUCAGUUGUUCAUAUGUUCCAGGGUGAAAUAAAACCCUGCUGAUUUAACGACGUACUAACUUCACACUAACUUGUGGGCCUUCAGUGAACUGUGACGCUUGCUUUUUUUGUGGGGGGCAUCAUGAAAUGUUUUUUUUUUAUUGUCAUUGCUGUAAAGGAUUUUCUAUAUGGUUUAUGCAUGGUGAAACUAAAUUAUUAAA